AUGAAUUCACUUGCUUCAAUUCUAUAUUCAUCUUCAUCAGCUAAAAUAAAGAAACGUAAAAAUCUUUCAUUACAACCAUCAAUAAAACCAAUAAUAACAAUGGAUUCAAAAGCAUCAAAAUGUAAAGUUAGUGGCAUGUUAUUUCGUUCAUCAACACCUAAAACAUCUUUAACAACAGCAGUUCAUCCAACAUCAACAUCAUCUUAUUUUUCAACAAAUUCUCCUCCUCAAAGUCCACGAUGUUCAACACCCUUAUUUUCUAAACAAAGACGAACAAGACCAUUUAUUGUCUGUGAACUUUGUCGACAACGAGCAUUUGAAUCAUUAGAUGAAAAUAAAAAUGAAAAAGAUCAUAUAUCAUAUCAUCGUUCAACAACAUCAGUUCAUUAUCAAAAACAAACAAGUAUAAAAAGUCAUCGUAGACGUUCAUCAAUUGACCAAUUACUUGUCUGGAUUAUUUAA